UGAGAAGGUGGAGCUGGUGGCAUCCAGUUUUUCCUCCUCACGGACCUGACCCUUUCUCUCUCUCUCUCUCUCUCUCUCCUCCGAACAAACAUUGAAUUGGGGUCUGCCAUUUCUGCAAUCCCACAACUAAGAAUCUCUCUCUCUCUCUCUCUCCCUCUCUCUCCGCCUUCAUCUAUCAAUCAAUCAAUCCGCCGCCGUGAUCUUCCGUUUUGACGACCAAUCGUAGUAGUGAUGAGAAGAGGGAGAGGGGCGGCGACGGCAACGGCUGCGGCGCGUGAGGCAGCACCUCCCGGAUCCGAGAGGAGAUACAGAGGAGUUCGAAAGAGGCCAUGGGGUAGAUUCGCAGCGGAGAUCAGAGACCCUUGGAAGAAGACCAGAGUAUGGCUAGGAACCUUCGAUUCCGCCGAGGACGCCGCUCGUGCUUACGACAACGCCGCUAUAACCCUCCGUGGACCUAAAGCUAAAACCAACUUCCCUCUUGCUAAUCCAAUCUCGUUUUUCGAUUACCCUCCUUAUCCUCACCCUCACCCGCACCCUCAUCCCCUCAACGCUCCAGAUCCUUUCCUCGACCCUCGAUUUCAGAUUAAUAACCCUCACAGACCUACUUCCAGCAGUUUGAGCUCUACCGUUGAAUCCUUCAGUGGGCCCCACCCUCCUUCUGCUGCUGCUCCUACUACUACAACCGCUUCUCCCUCUCGUCGCUACCCACGCACGCCGCCUCUCCUCCCUGAGGAUUGUCAUAGCGACUGCGAUUCUUCCUCCUCCGUCAUCGACGACGGAGACGACAUCGCCUCCUCCUCCAUGAUCCCUCGGAAACCUCCUCUGCCCUUCGAUCUGAACAUUCCACCCUCCGAACUUCUUGAUUUGGCCGCCGAUGAUCUUGGAUGUACCGCCUUGUGCCUCUAAUCACCGGCAGCCGAUUCUGGUGGCGAUGAUGAUGAUGAUGCCCAUCAAUAAUUCAAUAUUUUAUUAUUGUUGUUAUU